UGUAAUCAUAUGAUAGGGAGUCGAUCCCCGCUGCAGAAUACCGACACACCGGGCGGAGGAGCCGGGGCGGAGGAGACGAGCUAACGGUCGAGCUGAUACCGGAGAAGUAGUGUUGGUGAAAGUGUCGCGUGAGGUGUGAAACAGAGCCACUGAAGAGGAACUUUUUAAAACUCUGGAGACAGUUGGAGAGAGGGGGGACCCGCUUCAAAGAGGAGAGGGCACACAAACGAAACGUCGACCGAAGGACAGACGGUUUAUGCAGCGCUGAGAUUUGACUUUAUCAGCCGAAAAAGAGAGGCGGUGAGCGGGUCACAGCCGGUGGAAUCCCCUCUGGGUCCUCGCAUCGCUUCUCGGGGCGUGUCUUUUUUUUUGGUAAAAGAUUCCCCUUUAGAAAAGUUUAAGCUAUCUAUAGUCACUUUUAUUGUUGAAACAUAAGCCAUGGUCGGGGAGACAGAGGUGAAGGAGAGACCCAAGUCCAACCCGGACUAUUUAAUGCAGCUGAUGAACGACAGGAAGGUGAUGAGCUCCCUGCCUAACUUCAGCGGCAUCUUCACGCAUCUGGAGCGGCUGCUGGAUGAAGAGAUCGGCCGGGUACGCAAAGACAUGUACAACGACACGGUGAACGGCGGCAUGUUCAACGGGCGGGACAUGGAAGAGCUUCCUGAAGCCAUCGGGCCAGUGGCUCAGCUGCAGGAGAAGCUCUAUGUGCCUGUCAAAGAGUACCCCGACUUUAACUUUGUAGGGAGGAUCCUGGGCCCACGUGGGCUGACGGCCAAACAACUGGAGGCAGAGACCGGCUGCAAGAUUAUGGUGCGAGGAAAGGGCUCUAUGAGAGACAAGAAGAAGGAGGAGAUGAACCGAGGGAAGCCCAACUGGGAGCACCUCAGCGAGGAUCUCCACGUCCUGAUCACGGUGGAGGACACACACAACCGCGCCAAGAUCAAGCUCCAGCGGGCCAUCAACGAGGUCAAGAAACUUCUCGUGCCCGCUGCUGAGGGGGAGGACAACCUGAAGAAAAUGCAGCUGAUGGAGCUGGCCAUUCUCAAUGGGACCUACAGAGACGCCAAUGUCAAGACGCCCACCGCCGCCUUCCCUCUAGCGACCCCUCAGGCCCCUCGGAUCAUCACAGGCCCGACGCCCGUCCUGCCUCCCACCCUGCGUAACCCCGCCCCAGUCACCACGCCGACCAUCAUGCCACUGAUUCGUCAGAUUCAGAGCUCGGCCCUUGUGCCGGGAGGAAACCCGCACCCGGCGCUUGUGCAGCAAGGGCCCGAGUCUGGGAUCAUCUACACACCCUACGAGUACCCCUACACACUCACGCCCUCCAUAUUGGAAUAUCCGAUUGACUCAACUGGAGUAUUAGUCCCCUCUCCCUGUGUUUUUGCAGGUGCCAUGACCACUAAGGUACGACGCCACGACAAGAGAAUCCAUCCUUACCAAAGGGUAGUGACCCCAGACAGAGCUGCCACGGCAACUAACCCAUGACCCCUUGACCUUCUGACCUUUCCGCCCACUGAUGACCCACCCAUCUCUGCCCCGCUGGCGUGCUCAUUGGCCCGCGGCCCCGCCACUUCCCCGCAGCUCAGCCAACCAGACCAGCACAUUGGGAACAACCCCCGGCUGCUUCUGUCUAACCAGCCAACCAGACGACAGCGAUCCCGGGAAUAAAGCUCAGGACCCCGCCCACCACAGAGUCCUAACAUUAACUUUACCGAACGUGCCUUCCUUUUACAAGUUCAAAGCCAGUCUAAGAAUGUUUUUAAACCAUUCGAUCAUCUGUAGCUUCCAUUACAUUACCAGUAAACGUUACUGGGGAUGGACUCCAAACUGGUGAAGGGCUUCAACCAUCCCUGACCGUGCCAAACUGUCUCUGAGCUGCCCUGCCCUCAGUCCAUGUGAUGCAAUAAUAAUGACUUUAUUAAUGCUAUUCUUAUAAUGAUGGUAACGGUCACUUAUCCAGAAACCCUCCAUAAACUCGGAAGCCCUAAGAGAACACAUCUAAACAUUUUACUUUAAUCAAAUGUCCUGCGAUAACAAAUUAUUUUGCUUGUUUUGUUGAGAUUUCAACUUUUUUAAGUCGAGUUCAUGAUAUCUGGUUUUCCCGAGGUUACCAUUCCUUAAUAUCUCAAGAAAAAUUUUUAUACACUACGGCAGCCCUAAGUGAACACAUCCAUACAUUAUAUCUCAGUUGACUUUCCUGCCAUAACAAGUCAUGUUUGUUUUCUUGAGAAUUCAACUGAAGUCGAUUUCACGAUCGCUCGUUUUGCUGUGAUAACAACUUCUUGAUAUUUUAAGCUAUUGAAGCCCUAAGUGGACACAUCCAUACAUUAUAUCUUAGUUGACUUUCCUGCCAUAACAAGUCAUGUUUGUUUUCCUGAGAGUUCAACUGAAGUCGAUUUCACGAUAGCUAGUUUUGCUGUGAUAACAACUUCUUGAUAUUUUAAGCUGUUGAAGCCCUAAGUGGACACAUCCAUACAUUUUGUUUUGACCAAUUUUUGACGAUAACAAGUAAUUUCUACUUUUUAAGAUUUUGACUUUUCUAAGUCUAUUUUAUUAUAGCUGGUUUUCCAGUUGUACCCAUUUCUUGGUAUCUUUAGAAAACAACUAAAAUUAACAUAAACUGUGGACGCCCCAACUAGACACAGCUAGGCAUUUUAUUUUAAUCGACUUACUGUCAAUAGAAAAUAUUUCUGCUUGUUUUUAUUUUUAUAAGUCAAAUCAAGAUAGGUAUUUUUCCCAAAGUUACAAUUUUUUGAUAUCUCAAGAAAACAACUGAUCUACGGAAGCCCUAAGUGGACACAACCAUGCAUUUUAUCUUAAUCAACUUUCCUGCGGUAAUUAGUGCUUUCUGCUCGUUUUCUUGCAAUUUUGACCUACCUUUUAUGAGAACUGAUUUUCCAGUUGAAACCGUUUCUUGGUAUCUUCAGAAAUCAAAUAAAACUAACAAACUACUGAAGCUGCAAUUGGACACAUCUAGUUUUAUCGUCAUCGACUUUCCUGCAAGAACAAAUGAUUCCCGCUUGUUUAGCUAGCUGUUUUCUUCUGGGAACCAUUUCUUGAUAUAUUAAGAAAAAACGACUAAAUUGUCAAACUAUGGCAGUGGACGCAUUUGUACAUUUUUCUAUUUGAUUUUCCUGUAAUAAGGAGUAAUUUUGGCUUAUUUUCAUUAGAUUUCAUCUGAAGUCGAUAUCCAGAUACGUGGCUGGUUUUGCCGUGGUAAUCGUGUCUUGAUAUCUUAUGAAAACAACUAAAAGUAACAAACAGUGGAGGCCCUAAGUGGGCACAUCUAGUUGUUUAAUUUUAAUCAAUUUUCCUGCAAUAACAAGGAAUUUUCAGUCUUCAUGAGAUUUUAGCUUCUCUAAGUUGAUAACAAGAUAGCUGGUUUUCAUGUGGUAACCAUUUCUUGAUAUCUCAAGAAAACAAAAUUGUCAAAAACUAGCACAGCCACAGGUGGAAACAUUCACACAUUUUAGUUUAAUUUACUUUCCUGUGAUACUGAUUAAUGUACGGUUGUUUUCUUGAGAUUUCAACUUAUCGAAGUAGAUAUAAAUUUAAAAAUAUAAUAAAAAAUAUCUGUUGAAACCAUUUCAUGAAUUCUUUAGAAAACAGUUAGAAGCAACUUAGGCUAUGGCAGCCCUAAAGGGACACAUCAAGGCAUUUUAUUUGAAUCGACUUGCUAUCAAUAUUGAGCAGUUUCCUUUAGUUUUCAUUAGAUUUCAGCUUCUUGAAGUCUAAAUCAAGAUAGCUAGUUUUCCAGUGAUAACUGUUUCUUGAUAUCUCAAGAAAAAAAACAAAUUGUCUGAAACUAUGGCAGCCAUAGGGGGAGGCAUUUAUACAUUUUUGCUUGAUUGACUUUCCUGCAAUAACAAGUGAUUUUGGGUUGUUUUCACUAGAUUUUAACUUAUUUUAGAUGGCAUUAAGAAAGCUAGUUUUCCUCUGAUAACCAUUUCUUGAUAUCUUAAAAAAAAAUGACUAAACUUUACAUAAACUACAGCAGUCAUGAGAGGACAUAUGUAGGCAUUUUAAUUCAAUGGACUUUCCUUCGACACUGAGUACUUUCCACUUGUUUUCUUGAGAUUUCGACCAAUUUAAGUCAGCUGGUUUUCCCGAGGUAACCACUUCAUGAUUUCUUAAGAAAACAACUGUAAUAAACACAUCAUGGCAAAACUUGCAUUAUUUUUCAAAAAUAAGGAAAUAACUACACUUUAGAUUUUAGGAAAACAACCAAAAUGAUUUUUUUUUUACAGGAAAUUGAGUAAAUCAAAUGCAAGGAUGCUUUUCCUCUUAGGGCUUCCAUAAUUUACACUCAGCUUGAAGAGGUAUUAUGUUUCUCAAUGCAUUUUUCCUCAUCGGGCACCUCUCCUGUCCUUAUAAAUUGUGAUUGCAUUCAUCACCCUCACUAUAACACAUCAUACUCGGUGUUAAAUCAUUAAUAUAUUAACAUGCCUUUCCUUGAAAAUGUAACACCAAAAUGUGGUUGACGUCAUGUGUUUAAAAUGUCACUUUUUUCAAGGUUGCCGCUGAGAAAUUUCCACUUUGCUGUGACAUAUUUGCAACAAAGAAAAACAAGAAAUAACGCUGUUGAUCUAGGAAGUAAAAUGCCAGCACAGAUCCUUUUGUUCACUGUAAAGAAACAGGUGCUCAGUACGGAAAAACAACACAACUGGAAUCCAAAAUGCCAAAGUAUCUUUUUUAAUAAGAAGAAAAUCAUCACGGUACCUUUAUAGGAUAAAUGUCAAGCCUGUGCACUAAGCAUACAAACCCACACAGAGGGGAGGUUGCACUUCUUUUGUCUAAAUCUAGCAGACUUACACAACGAUGCCUUUUUCUCACACUACAGUAUUGUGCGAGCUUGAACAGCAGUGCCUUUAUUUAUUGAAAGCAAUCGAACGAUGUCACACCUUAAUCUUUUAUUACCACAGCGUCAAAUGUCAUUUUGAUUUAAUGCAGAUUAAUUAAUGCAGCAGCAAAAGGUGUCACAGCAUAAUUAUCAUCUACCAUAGUUCUGGAUUUUAGUGCAAAAACAUGAAAUAGAAGUGCAAAUGCAGUAUUAAAGCAGCAGCUAUGAGUCUGAGAUGUUUAUGUGAGGUUUAAACGCCUCAGGAGAACAGUGUUUUACUUUAUUUUUUGUUUGUGUUGUUGGAGAUGAAGUCGUCCAUAUAUAUAUUUUUGCAUGUGUACUCGCAUUUUUUAGAGGGUACAGUUUUACACAAACACAAAAACCAACUGAUGCCUUGAGGUAUUAGAGUGCUGCAGGAGUGAUGAAGUUUGAAGGCCAGAUUGGAAGUUAGCAUCGCACAGGUUCCAUCGACACAAAGCCUAUGGUUUUUUUUGUGGUAAUUGGAUUAUUUGUGAAAAAAGCUCUGUUUUGGAAAAAGUGUGACUUGCAUGGUUAUUCAGCCAGCAAAUAUUCACAAAUGAACACUAAUUUCAUUGUUUUUAAGCAUAAACUCAAUUGGUGGAAUUAAAAUGCUGACGUAAGACCAUAAAGGAACGACACCACUGUCAACUAACUUCUACGUCACAACCAUUAAGCUUCCAACUUUUAUUUCAUGCUUCAGUAGUGCAAGAAAAGUGCAAAAAACUGCAGUUCCUUGAGUGCCCACUAGGGGUUGGCUGCAGAAAUACCGGAGGUCCCAUACACACCCAUGUUAAAAUGCAGAUUUUCACAGCAGAAAUAAACAUGUUUACAGUGUCAUUCAAAAAAAAAUUUGUCGAGAUAGUUCAUGUAUUUAUGAGAACACUGCACAAGGGUGGAUUUUUUAAUAACUCUUCUGUUUUGGUUAAAUUUGGGAUAAUAAAUGAUGCAUAAGUUGGAGGUUGCUGAUAUAACUGUUUGUCAGGAGGUUUAGGACUAGCCUCAACUCCAGCUCUUUGCCUUGUUACCAGGUCAGUCUAAAGACGGUUUGAGACAGGGUUUGCAAUAUGGCGGACGCUACAGAUUGGACUCAUUACCAAAAUUCUGAUUUCACCCUUGUGUCAUCUUUUACAAAUCCUACAGUCUUGUGGAUGAGUUUACAUGUCUCAUGUGAUGAUGUGUAACGUCCCUGACAAAAUAUAGUCUGAGUUAGCCACUUGUUAGCAACUGGCUUUCAUACUGUACCUCCUCAUGUGUCUAUGUUAUAGAAAAACCUAAAGAUGUACGACACUCUCUGCACAUUUUUUGGCACUGGUUGAUAAUAGCUCGUGGCUGUCAUCAUGCCAGAAUGUUAUAUCUCCAUUUUUCAUGAUUUCUUUGUUUUCAUAAAUCAGUGCUAUUGGUCAUCCUUUACAUCUGUCAUUGGGUUUUAUAAAUUAUAGACCAAAAAAUUUAAAAAAGAUGCUGACUCUCACCUGUCAGUGUUAAAAUUAAUCGUAACUUGUUUCUUUUUCCAUUCUCUGAAAAGUGGUGAUUUUGAACAAUUGCUAAAUAUCGAUAUCAGCAUAUAUAAAAACUUACGAUAUUUUCAAGUGAUGUAGUGGCCAAACAUAUCAACAGUAAGGGAUGUGCAUUUUAAAUAAAAUAAACAUUUAAAAAUCACUUACUAAAAUUUGAAGAGUUUAAAAGAUGGACAGGGAUGCUAUUGUUAGGUUGAUCAUAACACAAAAUAAAAAUUGCCAUUAAAGGGCUAACAGAUCUAGAUUAGCAUGGUGAUUAUAUUAACAUAAAUGAUCCAUUUACUUAAAAACAAUAAGAUAAACAGGUCAUGUUACAACUUUUAUCAAAUAGUUUAAACAAAGUUCUUUUGCUUAGAAAAAUGUGCAGACCACUUUUCUUAGGUUUAAUAAAUGAAACGCUUAAAAUAGACAUUUGUGUUUCUUGACAGAAAUGUAUCACCUAUUUGUUCAUGUGGAUGUUGGUUGGGGGUUUCAGCAUUUCUUAGUUAAAAUUAGAGGGAGCUUAGAGGAAAAAACGAUGAAAACUACUGCACUGUAAAACCAAACAAGUUGAAAAUACUAUAAUAAUACAGAUACUUGUUGUAACAGAUUGCAUACAUUUUUUUAAGUAGUGUUUAAUUUUGAACAGUGAUGCCACCCAGAGUAAGAAAAUCUGAUUUACUGCUACACUGUGAAAUUUACUUAAGUUUACUUGUUCUAAACAAAUGAAGCAUCUAGAACUUUUUUUCACUAAAAACAAAGACUGAGAGUUGCACUUUGACCCAGAGAGUGCUCUUCUAUAGGACUUCUCCAACUCAGUGGGUAACUUCACUCAUGGUGCAAAACUGUCUGAUGAACAAAGGCAUUUUUGGGAAUCUGUGCAUAUUAAGGGAUGACUGUCAAAUAAUAUAAGUGCGAUGACAACAAACACUUGGGUGAUUGAGUACUGUUUACUAAAACUAAAAAUGUGUUCCAUCUUUCAGAAAAAUAGAGCUGAAAUAAAUAACCUCCUACUGUUCCAUUUAACAGUCUAUGAUUGGAAGAUUGGAAAUAUUGGAUACGAGCAGAAAUGUACCUUCCUCACAAAUCAUUAAAAACUUGUUUAAAACAUUUCAUAGACUUUGAGACGAUGGAACCAGAAGUGCUAAAAUGCUGACACACUUCUGGGUCUUAGGACUCAUUCUUGCAGGACUCUAUAACAGAAAAAGAACCAUGAACCAACGUGUGUAACAAAUGUAUUUUUAUAUUCUAUUUUGUAUGUGAAAAUAACAUUAAAUGACCUUUUCAGAUAAGAAUAUUAUGCCUUAUCAUGGGGAAUAAUUUGACUUUACUGAUCAUUCAUGUGUCAAAGUAAUCAUGUCCUGAUAAACUGGAGGUUUUUUUCUGUUUUAACUUGAGCCUUUUGAGAUCAGCAUUGCUUGCCCUCUGUGCCUUUUUGUAUCCUAUGAGUGUGACAAUUAACAGUGUAGUACAACAUUAAUCUACUCUUCAGUGCCAAGUGUAGGUUACUAACUGUUACCACUUCUUCUGUGAUUAUUAACCACUUUAAUGGUAUCUGUCUCAGCUUUUGGAUUCCUUUAAAAACAAGAAAAACGUGUGUCUAAAAAAUGGAGAUAUGUGUUGAACAAUGAACGUUUAACUUUUAAAGUUUUCUGAGCAGAAAUAACUCUUUGUACACGAUUAAACUCAUAGCUGUUUAAAACUAA